AUGUUGAGGCUCCUUUCCAAAGGCAGUCCUCGGAUAGGCCCUCGUCUCUUCCGUGCUGCUCGCCUCCUCCCGCUGGCCUCAUAUCACGUUCUGAAAUUGGACCCUUCCUUAAACACAUCUUACGACUCCCUCACGGACUAUGGCUCCUACAAAGCCAACAUAUUUACCCAUAGACUCCCCGAAUCCACAGCGCAGCAGUCGCCUCCAUUGGUGGCAUUGCAUCACAGGUUACGUUUGCCUGAGUCUUACAGCUUGUCCACAUUGUCGCAGGCGUUGAACUGUGACAAGUCCACUGGGUUGGCCAAUAACCACGGAUUGAGCAUCCUUGGCCUGAAUUUACUAGCAUACUACAUCAGCGAGCACUUAUUGAUGAAAUAUCCUAGACUUCCCUUGCCAGUACACAACGAGGCCACAAACGCAUACAUAGGUCCCUACAGCUUGGCAGAAAUCGGUCGUUCAUGGGGUAUCGAAACCGACGUGAGAACCAAGUUGCAGAAGUAUCUUGCCAACGAGCCAGAGUUUUUGACAUUCGGUAGAUUGAGGUUUUUGUCCGAAGAGGCCAAAGAUGCUCCUCAAGAAGAAGGUAUUGUGGAGUUAAGCGAAUUGGGUUCGUACGAUAAGAACACAAAGACCUUCUUGACAAAAGAGGAGGAAGCCUAUGCUGAGGCCGUCAAGGCCAUCAUUGGCGGUAUGUACACCCACGCAGGCGAAGAAAGCGCCAAAAAAUUUAUCCAAUCCCAUAUUUUAUCAAGAAAAAUCCCCUUGCAUGAGAUGUUCCAGUUUAGCAGGCCCACAAGAGAGUUGACUAGGUUGUGCGAGAAGUUGGAACUCGAAGACCCACUAGAGAUCAGGCUAAUUGCUGAAACUGGUAGAUUGUCCACGCAUGCCAUUUUCGUUGCGGGAGCCUUUUCUGGCGGACACAAGUUGGGAGAAGGUGUGGGUGCUUCAUUGAACGAAGCAAAGACUAGGGCAGUGGUGAAUGCAUUGUUGUCUUACUACUUGUACACCCCAGUGAACGAGCAGGGUGAGGAGAUAAAGACUCCUAGCGAGGAAAACUACAAAUUUGAAGGCAUUGUGGGCUCCGGUGACGUUGCAAUAUAA